AUGUGUGAUCUCAAAAAGACCCUCGAUGCCCAGGGUAAUUGCGUUCUCGAGAUGCCUUCGGGUACGGGAAAGACCGUGACCUUGCUCUCGUUGAUCGUUGCAUAUCAGCAACAUUACCCGGAACACAGGAAGCUCAUCUACUGUUCUCGAACAAUGUCAGAGAUCGAAAAGGCCUUAGCUGAGUUGAAGGAGUUAAUGAAGUAUCGCACUCAGCAGCUGGGCUACACUGAGGAUUUCAGGGCGUUGGGUCUCACCAGUCGAAAGAACCUUUGCCUACAUCCGUCCGUCAAGCGAGAGAAAAGUGGUGCAGUUGUCGAUGCAAGGUGUAGGAGUCUGACGGCUGGUUUCGUUAAGGAAAAGAAAGAGAGGGGCGAAGAUGUGGAGUUGUGCAUUUAUCACGAGAACCUCGAUCUUCUCGAACCGCAUAACCUCGUUCCUCCCGGAGUCUUUACCCUUGACGGACUGCUGAAAUACGGAGAAGAACACAAGCAAUGUCCUUAUUUCUCAGCAAGGCGCAUGAUGCCAUAUUGCAACGUCAUCAUUUAUUCCUAUCACUACCUCCUUGACCCUAAAAUUGCCGAGAGAGUAUCGCGAGAACUUUCGAAGGAUUGCAUAGUAGUAUUCGAUGAGGCCCACAACAUCGACAACGUAUGUAUCGAAGCUCUCAGCAUUGAUAUCACCGAAGACUCGUUACGAAAAGCCACAAAGGGAGCGAAUAACUUGGAAAGGAAGAUUCAGGAGAUGAAAAGCUCAGAUGCGGAGAAGCUCCAAAAUGAAUACUCAAAACUUGUCGAGGGAUUAAGGGAAGCAGAACAAGCUCGAGAAGAGGAACAAUUUAUCGCGAACCCUGUUCUUCCAGAUGACUUGCUCAAGGAGGCUGUGCCAGGUAACAUACGGCGAGCAGAACAUUUCGUCGCAUUUUUGAAAAGGUUUAUCGAAUACCUCAAAACUCGAAUGAAAGUCACCCAUACUAUAUCCGAAACACCACCCUCAUUCUUGACGCAUGUCAAAGACCUCACAUUCAUUGAGCGGAAGCCUCUACGUUUUUGUGCGGAACGCCUCACUUCAUUGGUACGGACGCUAGAACUUAUCAAUAUUGAGGACUACCAACCUUUACAGGAAGUUGCAACGUUUGCAACUCUAGUGGCGACCUACGAGAAGGGUUUCCUGCUGAUUUUGGAGCCAUUUGAAUCCGAAGCAGCGACGGUCCCAAAUCCGAUACUGCAUUUCACUUGUUUGGACGCUUCUAUCGCGAUCAAACCGGUCUUUGACCGAUUCAGCUCAGUGAUUAUAACUUCCGGAACUCUCUCUCCACUCGAGAUGUAUCCGAAGAUGCUCGAUUUUGAUACUGUUCUGCAGGAGUCUUACAGUAUGACUCUGGCACGCCGAUCUUUCUUACCUAUGAUUGUGACUCGAGGGUCGGAUCAAGCGCAGAUCUCAUCUUCCUUCCAGAUCCGUAACGACCCCGGUGUCGUGCGCAAUUAUGGAAAUCUUGUUUUGGAAUUCUCGCGCAUCACACCGGACGGAAUCGUUGUGUUCUUUCCAUCUUAUCUCUAUAUGGAAUCUAUCGUCAGCAUGUGGCAAGGAAUGGGCAUUCUAGACUCAAUAUGGAACUAUAAACUAAUUUUGGUUGAAACCCCCGAUGCGCAAGAGUCUUCGCUAGCAUUAGAGACCUACCGAACAGCAUGCUGCAAUGGCCGAGGCGCUAUUCUAUUCUGCGUCGCUCGAGGAAAAGUCUCCGAGGGUAUCGAUUUCGACCACCACUACGGUCGUGCCGUGUUAUGUAUUGGGGUCCCCUUCCAGUAUACGGAGUCUCGUAUCCUGAAGGCUCGUUUGGAGUUCCUGCGCGAGAAUUAUCGCAUUCGGGAGAACGACUUCUUAUCAUUCGACGCUAUGAGACACGCCGCACAGUGUCUGGGUCGUGUUUUGCGUGGCAAGGAUGACUACGGAGUCAUGGUUCUUGCUGACCGCCGAUUCCAGAAGAAACGCAAUCAGUUGCCCAAAUGGAUCAGUCAGGCCAUGUUGGAAAGUGAGACGAAUCUUAGUACGGAUAUGGCUGUGGCCACCGCGAAGAACUUCUUGCGCACAAUGGCUCAACCGUUCAAAGCCAAAGAUCAAGAGGGCAUCUCCACAUGGAGCUUGGCCGACCUAGAACGGCAUCGAGAAAAGCAGAUGCUAGAAGAGGAAAGAGUCCGCAGAGAAGUGGUUUCGAAUGGACAUACCAUAAACGGGGCUACUCACCGUGGAGCUGCUGCCGCUGCGGACGAAUUCGACGACGGCAUAGAUGAAGACCUCAUGAUGUUGGAUGCUCAAUAA